AUGUCGACCGAUAUUUCUCCUGUUUUCCUACACACAAUCCUUUCGGGACAACUUAUAGUUUCAUCUCUCCUCGCUGCUCUUUCCAGCUACAUCUUCUACCAAAUUUGGCUCCACCCUUUGGCACGCUAUCCAGGUCCAUUCUGGGCUAAGCUCACAAACCUCUACUCGGUCGUUCAUGCCAUACGUGGUGAUCGUCAUGAAGAUCUAUAUCGACUACAUCGGCGACACGGGCGUAUAGUGCGAAUUGGACCGGACCGGGUCUCGAUCCUGGAUGUACAAGCCCUCGAACCUAUCUAUGGCUUCCAAGCAAACGUGCAGAAAAGCCAGUGGUACCAAGGUUUCUACGAUGUGUCUAUCUUUAAUGCGAUCGACCGCAAAGUCCACGCCCGCAAGCGACGGGUGAUGUCUCAAGCAUUUUCCAGUCAGGCACUUCGAGGCAUGGAGCCACUUAUCAUAUCAGCCAUUCGCGAUUGGUGUCUUGCCCUCGGCGACCGGCAUCCGCAGGCCAUGCGUAACCGGGAGACUCAAAGUAAUGGGGUGAGCAGUGGCCACGAGGAGGCUUGGUCCAUCCCCAAAGAUAUGGUGCACUGGAGCGCAUGUGUCAUAUUCGAUGCGCUGGGCGAGAUCUGCUUUGGAAGCACAUACAACACUUCUCUCAGCACUGCGAACCACUUCUUCUUCCCGCUGAUGGCGCUGAACGUUCGCAUACUCAACAUCUGUGGCCAGAUGCCCAUUCUGCGUCGCCUUGGGAUCGACAAAUACAUGCGCAUGGGGACAGCUGCCAAUCGCAAGCGUCAGAUUGCCUUCUCGCAGCAGCAGCUGGCCACUCGGCUAGGGUCGAAUCCGAACAACCGACAUGAUAUCGUUUACUAUUUACAGAAGGCUCGCGACCCAGAUACUGGAGAGGGAUAUUCGCAACAAGAGUUAAUCUCAGAGGUGACUCUGCUUCUGGGAGCCGGUGCGUCUUGUCCCUGCGCUUCCUACAUCUAUUGCGCUUCUUACAUUUCUUUUACUAAGUCAACAUCAGGCUCCGACACAGCCAAUACAGCCCUUACAGCCACCUUCUACUUCCUCUCACACCACCCCUCAAUCUUAAGCCGCCUGACCACCGAAAUCCGCAGCACCUUUACAACCCUUGAAUCCAUCGUCCCUAGUUUCACACUCUCCGCCCACAGCUACCUGCGUGCUUGCAUCGAAGAAAGCAUGCGUCUCUGCCCCCCCGAUCCCAAUGGACCUGCCCCGCGAAGUUCUUCCCGGGGGACUCUACCUCGACGAGGACCAUUUCUUCCCAGCGGGCACGGUGCUCGUACGAUCCGAGUCGGUGGUUACUACGUGAGAACGGGGGGGGGGGUGAGUGCGGAGGUUAUGACUCACCAGCGUAAGGCGUUUGUGCCGUUUAGUCUCGGCCCCAGAGCGUGCAUUGGGAGGAGUUUGGCGAUCGUCGAGCUGGAGAUUAGCAUUGCGCGGGUGCUGUGGAUGUAUGAUUUGCGGUUGGCGCCGGGGACGGAGGGGUUGGGAGUGGGUCGGGACAGGGAGUACAAGAUGAGGGAUAAUUUUAUUGUUGGAAAGAAGGGGCCUGUGCUACAGUUUCGAGAGGUGGUAAGGGGAUGA